AUGGCUAGUAACAGCGUUUACAUAGUUGUGUGUGUUUAUUCUAAUUGUCGUAUGAGAAAUGGCGACAACGGGGUGACAUUUGAGUGUGAGAAUCCGAUAUUGUUGCGCACUCAGCGUCUAAGUACGUUGUCGGACUUGAAGAGUUUGAUAUUGAGCAACCUUGGUGGUACAGAAGCGAGGGAGGUCGGAAGGGUGGGGUAUAGGUUGCUAGCACCUAUGGGUAAUGGAGUUUUCCGGUUUCGACUAUUUCAGCUUCUAGGGGACGAGCAUGUUCGACUCAUGUUCGACAUCCAUGGGAGAAUCAUGGCGGAACAGGUGAUGGAGCUUUCUGCCGAGGACAACCGACCUCUUGCACCACCACCGAUUCAUCUCGCCAUUCCAGUUGACGAGGCGGAGGAGGGCGACGAGGAGUCGGAUGAAGAAUACGUGGCAAAUAGUGUCAAUAGUGAUUCUUCCAAAGGGGGCAAUGAGGAGGAGUUUGUACCCGAGACACCCGCCCAGACUAUGGCGCGCCAUGUCUUGCCUCCACCUCACCCAAUUCCGGUGCUAUUGACAGAGCCAAGUCACUAUUAUAGUAUGGAUCUAGAUGCCAUGCAUGAGAGGACUCUGUUUUCUAACAUGGGAGAAGAAGAUUACAACCUGGACGGUGGGGUAGAGUUUCAGGUCGGCCAUGUGUUCAAAUGCCGAGAUGCAGUGCUACAGGGUAUGAAGAACUACAGUAUUCGAAGGAGUGCUGAGUACCGGGUGAUCAAAUCGGACCGAUUAAAGUAUCAUGUGCAGUGCCGUCAAGCUAUGAAUGGGUGUCAAUGGAGCCUCCGUGUAGCCCUUCGACAGAACCUCAGAUACUGGUAA